AUGCCGCUAAAUUUGAGGCCUGACCUGACCAAAACUUUCCUCGUCUCUGCUGUAGAAUACCAGUAUUUCAAGGACAGACCCGCUCCGACAGCGCCUGAUGGCUUGUACGACUCGCAGGCUGCCGCGCAGAACGAGAAGAAUGGAAAGGACGACCAUCACUCGGUUCUCUACAACGUUGUCAAUUCCGUCCAGCAGGGCGUGAAGCGCGGACCAGUAAUCCCAGACACCGUGAAGGCGGCGCAAGGUAUUCUGGAUGUUGUGAAUAAUCCCGACGCGAUAGACGACCGGAAAGGAAUCUUCACUACCGCUUUGGCGGCUAUCACGAGGCUUCCCCCAGGAGCGUUACAAGACCAGCUCAACGAUGAGGCUAUAGCUUUGUUGUAUGAUACGGUACCUCACCCGCCAGCGACGUACCUCGGCCCUAAGCAUUCGCUUCCGAUUACCUCACUGCCAGAUCCCGGUUUGGUUUUCGAUACGCUACUCUGUGCGCGUGAUUGGCAGCAACAUCCUGGAAAGAACUCCUCGUUGACCUUUGCCUUCGCGUCAAUCGUCACCCAUUCGCUCUUCAGGACAGAUCCUCACGAUUGCACACGCAACAAUACGUCGUCGUACCUUGAUCUCUCGCCUUUGUAUGGGUACAACCAGGCUACUCAGGACCAGGUGCGAGAUAAGACGAAGGGACGUGGGCUCCUCUACCCCGACACGUUCAGUGAGGAACGGCUGAUCUUUACGCCAUCAGCGGCGUCUGCGCUGCUUGUCAUAUUCAGCCGAAACCACAAUUAUAUUGCGGAAAUACUACUGAAAAUCAACGAACGGGGGCGAUGGAGCGACCCACCGCCUGCGGACCCCAAACAGCGUGCCCAGCAAGAUGAGGAGAUCUUCCAGACGGCGCGACAUGUCAAUUGUGGGCAUUUCAUCUCUGCCAUCUUUGGCGACUACGUCGCAGGUUUUCUCGGACUCCCACGUGAAGGGAACUCGUGGAGCAUGAAUCCGUUCGACCCCAUUACGACAAAGAAAGGGGAGAAAGUUCCCCGAGGCGAGGGAAACCAAGUCUCCGUGGAGUUCAACCUCCUCUACCGUUGGCACGCGACGAUUGCGAAGGAAGAUAUCAAAUGGACGGAGGACCAGUUCAGCACCCUUUUCAGUGUGACAGGAAAAUCACCCGACCAGGUCACCCUCGGGGAUUUCAGGGUCGCUGCACGUAGUGCAUUUGGACAGAUCGAUCCGGAACCGAGAACGCGGGUGUUUGGAGGCAUUGAGCGUCAGGCAGACGGCAAGUUUAAAGACGACGACCUCGCCCGGAUCCUUCAGGACGCAACUGACAAAGCAGCUGGGGCAUAUCGCGCUCGGGGGACCCCAGCCGCACUUCGUACGAUCGAGAUCAUGGGCAUGGAACAGGCGCGUGAGUGGGGAUGCUGCACCAUGAAUGAGUUCCGCGAGUUCCUCGGGCUGGCUCGGUUCAAGUCUUUCUCGGAGUGGUCUAGCAAUCCUGAUGUUGCACGCACGGCAGAGCACCUGUAUGGGCACAUUGAUAACCUCGAGCUUUAUCCUGACUGUAUGGAUUUAGGACCCGGGAGUGGGAUUUGUUGUGGAUACACGAUGACGAGGGCGAUCCUGGCUGAUGCGAUAGCGUUGGUGCGUGGUGAUCGGUUUUAUACUACAGAUUAUACUCCUGCGAACCUCACCACAUGGGGUAUCCAAGAUUGCGCUCGCAACACGGACAAUGGCGCUUUUGGUGCGGCCCUACCCAAGCUCCUCUUCCGCCAUCUUCCCCGGCACUAUCCCGGUAACAGUGCCUACGGUCUCUUCCCCUUCUUCACCCCUGCGGCUGUGAAAGAGAACCUCAAGAAUCUCGGGUUUGAUUUAUCGAAUUAUAACUUUGAGAGGCCAAAGCCGAAGCCGAUACCCAUUGUGAUCAAGACGAUCUCGGCUAUCCGUCAUGUUUUCAAUGAUUUUGAGAUCUAUAAACAGACGUAUACGGCUGAUAUGGAGUUGCUGACGCAGGGUCAUGGGUACGUGCUUGUUCUUGGUGGAUGUCGUCGUUUUGUGACUCUCAAAGCUCUUUUCCCUGACCAACAAGCGAAGACAAAAUAUGUCGACUGGUAUCGGGCCAAGACGAUUAAGCUUCUCAAGAAGAAAUCCUUCAAAUACACUGGUCUGCCAGGAAACCGCGUUGACAUUGUCAGGGAUGUCAUCAAUCUCGUUAGCGCACAUUGGGUCUCUGAAAACUUGAUUGGCUUCCAAUUGAAAACGAAGGAAACCCCAUCGGGAGUACUCACCGAACAGGAGUUUUAUCAGAUGUUGGCGCUUCUCUUCACCUGUGUCUUCAUCAACAUCGACUCGGAGCACUGGUGGGCGCUCCGCUCUGGUGCGUUGAAGGUUAGUGAGGUCAUGACGGGGUUGAUCGAACAGGGCAUUGCCAAUGCUUCUGCUCAAAAUGCAACUGUAAGUACCCUCUUUCUGGGGUUCUCAAAGUUCUCACUUUUCCUUACGAACCUAGCAGCAUCUGGGAGACCGACGCGCGACCUUGCGGCUAUCGUCACUGGCUUAUCAGUCGGCAGUUCCGUCAACUACUCCCAAGCCGUCGCACACAUCGUCGACUUUUACUUGGACGACAGCCGUGAAGAAGAGCGAGCCGCGCUCAUCGAGGUGUGCAAGCGCGAUGAUGCGAAGAGCGCCGAGUUGCUCAAGGGCUACGUCCGCGAGGCCAUGCGGCUCAACCCGCAGUUUGGGGGACUCUUCAGGUAUGCGGUGAAGGAUGAUGUGAUUCCGCAGGGACAUGGGCUCUCGGAUGUUAAUGUGCGGCCGGGUGAUAUCGUUUUUGCGAGCUUUAAGAGUGCGCAUCGGAAUGUGGAUGACUUCCCAGAUCCGCUGAAGGUGGAUCCUACUCGUCCAUUGGACAACUACGAGUUGCAGGGAUGCGGGUUCCAUGGGUGUCCUGGGGUGGCGUUCGUGCAAGAGGCAGUGCCGGCUAUGAUGAAGGUUAUUUUCACCCUCCCUGGUAUCCGACGUGCGUCUAGUGGACAGCUUGCUGGGUUUACUUUGAAUCAGUUUGAGACUGAUAAUAAGAUGUAUAUCUCAUCGACUGGGCAGUGGGGUCCUUGGCCGGGUUCGUUAGAGAUCAUAUAUGAUGAUGCUUGA